AUGAAAGCUGAAAAGCUAGCUCUUGCAAAACUAUUAAUAGAAGAGAAAGAAAUAGAAAAGUGUGAAAUUAUCAAAACAAAAAAGUCCAAGAAGCGUGAACUCAUCGAAAAGUUGAAGAAAGAGCCAGGUUUUGACUUUUUCUGCAAUUUCUUCAACUGGUCAAAUAUAUUUGAAAACUUCUACUGGAAAAAUCACAAUUCAACAAUAUCUGGAAGUGAUACUAUUUAUGCUCUUAAAGAAAUGAUUCAAGAUAAAGAACCUGGUUUUCCUGAUCAACGACGUCUCAUCUAUGCUGGCAAGCUUUUUUGGAUGACAAUUGUCUCAUUGCAGAUUACUGCAUAA